CCCACACCUCUUUCGCCCAGCAAAGGUGGGUCGAGCUAUCUGGAGCCCGUGGCUGGUGACCACAAGUCCUCCGUGCCGGGCUCUAGGGAAGCGGGGUCCUCGCAGCCAACAGCUCCGCGAGGCGCAGGCCCGGUGGUUCCACUGCAGAAGGACAAUAGCUCAUCAAGCCCCACGAAAGCCCCCGGACCCGUCGCGGAGCCUGGGCUGGCGGGGGAUGAGGCUGAGCGACUCCUCCUAGAGGUGGUUAUGUGGAGAAGGAGCAAUCCCUUCUCCCUCCUCCUCCUCCCCCCGCUACUAUCCGCGGCCCGGAGAACUGCCGCUUGCCGCCAUUGACACGCACAGAUACAACCCCAAGAAAGGCAGGGUCCUGCCCGGCACCGGCGGCAAGCGGGCCGAACCUGCGGCCGGGAUUGGCGCGCACUAGGCCACCGGGCGCCCGGAGCCCGCGGUGCAGCACCAGUAUUGUGUAAGUGCCAAGAGACCACUCUGUCAGCAAGCUGAGAGGGAAAACUGAAGCAAGAUGUCAGGCCGGAGUGGGAAGAAGAAAAUGUCCAAGCUGUCCCGGUCGGCCAGGGCCGGUGUCAUCUUUCCGGUAGGGCGGCUGAUGCGCUACCUAAAAAAAGGGACCUUCAAGUACCGGAUCAGUGUGGGCGCUCCCGUCUACAUGGCCGCCGUCAUCGAGUACCUGGCAGCGGAAAUCCUCGAGUUGGCUGGGAAUGCUGCAAGGGACAACAAGAAGGCCCGGAUAGCCCCCAGACACAUCCUGCUGGCCGUUGCCAACGAUGAGGAACUCAACCAGCUGCUGAAAGGAGUGACUAUUGCCAGUGGGGGUGUCCUGCCGAGAAUUCACCCCGAAUUGCUGGCCAAAAAGCGAGGGACCAAAGGCAAGUCAGAGACGAUCCUCUCCCCACCCCCAGAGAAACGAGGAAGGAAGGCCGCAUCGGGCAAGAAGGGGGGUAAGAAAUCCAAGGCCACCAAGCCACGGACGUCCAAGAAGUCCAAAGCAAAGGACAGCGAUAAAGAAGGAACAUCAAAUUCCACCUCGGAAGACGGGCCAGGGGACGGCUUCACCAUCCUGUCUUCGAAGAGCCUCGUUCUGGGGCAGAAGCUAUCCCUGACCCAGAGUGACAUCAGCCAUAUUGGCUCCAUGAGGGUGGAGGGCAUUGUCCACCCAACCACAGCCGAAAUCGACCUCAAGGAAGAGAUAGGGAAAGCCUUGGAAAAGGCUGGGGGUAAGGAGUUCUUGGAAACAGUAAAGGAGCUCCGCAAGUCUCAAGGCCCUUUGGAAGUUGCUGAAGCGGCCGUCAGCCAAUCCAGUGGACUUGCAGCCAAGUUUGUCAUCCACUGUCACAUCCCCCAGUGGGGCUCCGACAAAUGUGAAGAACAGCUGGAAGAGACCAUCAAAAACUGCCUGUCCGCAGCCGAGGACAAGAAGCUUAAAUCCGUCGCCUUCCCACCAUUCCCCAGUGGCAGAAACUGCUUCCCCAAACAGACGGCCGCCCAGGUGACCCUCAAGGCCAUCUCAGCCCACUUCGACGACUCGAGCUCGUCCUCGCUGAAGAAUGUGUACUUCCUGCUCUUCGACAGCGAGAGCAUCGGUAUCUACGUGCAGGAGAUGGCCAAACUGGACACCAAGUAGCUCUCUCCGGCGGAGCAGCAGCAGGAGGAGGAGGAGGAGGAGGAGGAGGAUCGGUGUGACGUCACAAGAGCGGGGGUUUUAUUUUUUAAAAGGAUUACAGAAGGGUGACGGGGCAUGGGAGCAGAGGGUGGCUGAGAGGGUGAGCAGAGGCGGCAGCGAGAACGAGAACGGGUCCUGCCUGCCUGGGGAAGGGGCUCAGAGCGUUUUAUAUUCUCUUUACAAAGGGCCUCUCUUCCACAAUUAACCAGGUCUCCACCAGGGGUUUCUUUCCAUGUGGUUUUUCUUCCAGUUGUUUUAGAACUUUUUUUAAAACAAACAAACAAAUAGACCUUGUUUAGAUUUAUAGCGUUGACUUUUACACACUCACUCUCUCUCUCACACACACACACACACACACAAAGUCUGUUCAAAGUUCCUACAUCUUUGGGUUCCUCCUUUUUCCAAAUGAAAAAGGAUGUGACUGGCUCACCUAGCUUUACUGGCUGUCUCCUUCAGUGGAGAAGAUGAUAAAAACAUCUUGGGGUGCUUUUCUGUUAUAGGGUCCCGUCCCUGACGCCUAAAAUAUUUGUAACUACACCUAAAGGGGUUUUGCUUCGGGAUUUUUGUUUGUUCGGUUUUUUUGUUUUUUUAAAGAAAAAGAAAAAUGAGAAGAAAAAAAAAAUAAAAGAUCCAGCGUCUUUCUUAUAACAUA